UUCUGUAGUGUCAAUUUCACGUGUGUCUAGAAAUAAAGUUGUAUUUUCUGGCUACUUUUGCGGCAAUAAAAUAUAAGAAUGCCUAGAAAACAUAAACUGGAAACAAAUGACCCUAACGGCCAGAAGUCUUCACCUGUGGAAGUGGUGAUAGAGGACGUAACUACGCAUCCUUUAUGUUUGCACGGGCCGACGUUGUUAUUCUCAACAGAAAAAGGCCGAUAUUUCGCUUGUGCCUCGUGUAGGAAUAAGGAAUGCACCGUACACAUAGACGAAGAAGACUGGAAGAAGGAGAGCGUAAGGAAACGCAAUGAAAAGUACUACAGUUUGAUUCCGAAGAAUGAUAAAGCUGCAGCAUGGAGUAACUUUAUUGAGGUGAAAUCCAGACACUAUGUAGACAGAGCAUUCUGUAAUACUUGCGAAGAUCUGUAUAUAGUGUCUCAACCUUCUAAGAAACAUGCGAAGGACCACAGGAUUAUCACUCCACUAACAGAUGAGCAACUUAGCAGGCCCACUACAUGGCUACCAAUGUUGGAAAAUGAUUCUGUUGAAGCACAGUACAUGUUCACAAAGAAAUCUGUCACUACUGUCUUUGGAAUACUUAAAAAUAACAAUAUUAGCAACAUCCUCUGCAUUGGAACUCCAUCUAUCCAUGAGGAAGCAGAGUCCAGAUCAGAUUUCAACUCCAUCCUAUUGGACUAUGACAAAAGACAUUGCAACUUCUAUCCACCAAACAAAUUUAUCUGGUAUAACAUGUUCAACAACUACAUGUUCAAUGGCAAUGAGGAUGAGAAGGUGCUUAAAAAAUUCUUCAAGAAAUCCAAAGAUGGAGGCAUCUGUAUAGUGAUGGAUCCUCCAUUUGGUGGCCGUGUAGAACCAUUGGUCCAAACUUUGAAGGAGCUGACAGCAACCUACAAGAAUGUCUGUGACAGACCUGAUGAUGAUCUAUUGCCUGUCUUAUGGGCAUUCCCAUACUUCUCUGAGCCUUACAUCACCAACAUGGCUCCAGAGAUCAAAAUGCAUGAUUACCAGAUUGAAUACACAAACCACAAGAAAUUCUUGAACAAAACAAAAGAUGGUAGAAAAUUUGUGUCACCCAUCCGUUUCUUUACCAACUUGCCAUUACGGACCAUUGACUUAUCUAAUGACAGUAACUACAAAAUGUGUAACAAGUGUAAAUUCUAUGUGGCGACUUCAAACAAUCACUGCCAUAAAUGUGGCAGCUGCACGAGUAAGAACGGAAUGACAUACAAACAUUGUGAUGUUUGCAAGAGAUGUGUUAAGCCUACUUUCUUCCAUUGUAAGGAGUGUGAGAAGUGUUGCCAGCAACGGAACCAUGUGUGCGGUGUUGUUGUUGAAAGCCAGUCGUGCUUUAACUGCAAACAGAAAGGACAUAAGCAGUCAGACUGCCCACAGCUACAGGUACAAAGUAAGAAGAAACGAAAAAGUGCAUGAUUGAUAAAAU